UCGAUCCAUCAACUCAUUGAAACAAAGCCCACAAAAAUAAUAUUAUAAAAAAGCAUUAGGGUUUCAGCAUAUUAGAGAACCCUCACACCUACACUACAGAAGCUAAACAUACAGAGCAGAGCGGCUGUAACUAACACAAACUACUUACAGAAUGAAGGUUGUUGCAGCUUACUUGUUGGCUCUUUUGGGAGGUAACACAUCUCCAUCUGCUGAAGAUUUGAAGAAGAUCUUAGGAUCAGUUGGAGCGGAUGCCGAUGAUGAUAAGAUUGAGCUUCUCUUGUCUGAAGUAAAGGGAAAAGACAUUACUGAACUCAUUGCAUCUGGAAGGGAAAAGUUGGCUUCCGUUCCAUCUGGCGGUGGCGGUGUUGCAGUCGCCGCAGCAGCUGGUGGUGGUGGUGCUGCACCCGCAGCCGCCGCUGCUGAGUCAAAGAAAGAGGAGAAAGUUGAAGAGAAAGAAGAGUCUGAUGAUGAUAUGGGAUUCAGCUUAUUUGACUAGAAGAAACAGUGUUUUAUCUCUAGUUUUGAAGGAAACUAAGGUUUUAUCUUUAAUUUGGUAUUGUUUUUUAGUUUUGCUCUUGAACCAUUGAAUUUGUAAGACAAUUAAAAAAGUCUUGGAUGUAAGAUUAGUUAAAGAUCUAAGAUAUUUUUUUUUAAAUUGUUGCGACGGUUGAUACAUUUUAUUGGAGCCGGGGGUUUGCAGCCUCUCUAUCCUCGGUGAUAGCCGAUAGGUAUGGUUUGUUCGUAGGAUUUGA